AUGCAGGGUUCCGAGAGAAGCUCGUGCUCCAGUCUUUUGGACCCUGGCAUUGGGUUGCUGUGCUGGGAGGGACAUGAUUUGGUCGCCACCAGUCAGAGCAGCCAUCAUCAUCAAGUCAUUCCAUCCAGUACUAGUCAAGACUGUGAGAAACCCUAUUUCAUCUGUGAUGUUUGCAAUGGCACGGGCAGCAGUUGGUGCUGCGAACCCUGCGACUUUGAUAUUUGUUCGGCUUGUGAAGUCCGGCAGUCGCAGUUUUCCAGCCACUUGAGAAAAGUCCAGGAGUGUUUGGAGCGAGGAGAGAAACUUCUUGCCGCCGCGUCCACCAGUCACAGCAGUUGUAGCAACCGCCAACAGGCGAUGGAACAGUUCAGGGCCUGCAUCCAAACGCUCGACAGUAAUGACAUUCGACCUCAUAACCACACGGAAUUCUGUGCCAACAAGCGGCUCGCCUUGGCGGAACAUCUUUAUGCAUUGGAAAGACGUCAAGAUGCACAGAUGCAGCAGGAAAUUGCUCUCGAGAUAUACGAGAACAAGUAUGGCCAGGACCAUUUGAAAUGCCAACAAGUGCGUGCUCAAAUAGUGGCAGCUUUGGAACAAGUGAAUCUGGUGGACGUACAUUUCACAAAUGGUAAUCGUCUCUUUUACGAGACACAAGGCUAUGACCAGGCGUUGGAGGAAUACAAGGCCAGCUUGAGACUUUGUGAGCAGCAGAACAGACAACAAGCAGCAAUCGUGGUGGCCCAACGGCAUUGCUGUAUUGCCAGGACUCUCUAUCAACUCAAGCAAUAUGAUCAUGCCGUUGAAGCAUGCCAACUCGCAGUCGCAGUGCUGAAUGUUCUUCCGGCAGAGCAGCAGGAUCCAAAUGCACAGAGACAAGUCCAAAAGCUGCACGAGAGCCUCCUUCACCUCCAAACCUACAACAACAAUCAUCUCCACAAAACAGAGGAGGAUGCAAGACAAGCCUCAUCUGGCGGUGGAAGAGACACGAAUUUACUAGGGGUCAGUGUUUCCUUUUUGCGGACCACAUUUCUCGCCCAAGUGAUUGCAGCCGGUUUCACGGAGCAUUCGAGAAUCAACGAGCUGGAAGACCUAGACAGGAAGGUUGGCAUGGGCGUCAUACGGCAAAUGGGGGCAAACCAAGUAUCACCAGCGGAUGGCGAGAUGGGAGCGUCGUUCGUUCAUUGCUUGCGAGGCAAUGAUGUGGGAAGAGCAAAUUACAUGCUUUCAUACUCGUGGAGCUACUCCGUUGGUGAUAUCAUCCGCACGUUGGACCAGUUCUGUAAGCAAAAGGACCGAGACCCAAACCACACAUACAUUUGGCUCUGUUGCCUAUGCGUCAAUCAGCACAGAGUUGCAGAACAGGCAGAAAACAGAAAAACGGGCUUGCCAGUUUUAGGAAAGGUGGACUUCUUUGCAGAGUUCGGGGAACGGGUGACGUCUAUCGGACAUGUCAUUGCAAUGAUGACUCCAUGGGAUCAACCUCUGUACCUUGGCCGCGUCUGGUGUUUGUACGAGUUUCAUCAGGCGUUGCAAUGCAAAUGUCAACUCUCUGUCGCCAUGCCGCCUACUCAGAUAGAAAAGCUCAAGCGAGACUUGCUGGGGCAAGACAGCAGAGGCAUCUCCAUGCUUUAUGAAGCACUCGGGAAUACCAGAGUCCAGGAUGCCAAAGCUUCUGUGGAGAGCGAUAGACUGGCAAUCCUCGGUAUAAUUCAAGUUUCACCUGGUUACACUGCGUUGAACCAUCGUGUGAACGAGUUCUUGCGUACUUGGGUCAAAGGAGCAAUCACAGAGGUCGUCGACAGCCAAACGGACACAAACGAUUCAGCAUACGCCAAGUUCUGCACCCAAAUCGGCCAUCUUUGGAUGGAACACGGAGAGUUGAAGGAGGCCCUUCGUCAGUUUCGAAUUGCUCUGGCCAUUACAGUUUCAGUUGGAGGAUCUCGCGAGGCUGCGGCUGCAUGCCACAAUGACAUGGGGAAGGUUCUUGUCCUACUGGGCAAGGAAGAUGAUGCGCUAAGAGACCAUCACCGAGCUCUAUCAAUUUACCAAGACUUAUUUGGACUCAAUCACGUACUCACAGCAAGCUGUCACAGCCUUAUUGGAGUUGCAUUGUGUCACAAGUGCCACUUUGACAAGGCUUUGGAUGCACACCGGCAAACCUUGUCCGUCUUCGAAGAAAAGCUGGGUGAAUUCCAUGAGAAAACUGCGGAAACACACGACAAUAUUGGGGAGGUUUUCCGUCAUCAGGGGAAUUAUGAUGCCGCCACAAAGUCCCAUGAGAAGGCCCUCUCUAUCCGCAAAGGUGUUUUGGGACCAGAUCAUGUCUUGACGGCAGCAUCCCAUGGUAACGUUGGUUUGGCACUAAUGCUGAAGAUUGUAGAGGAUCCGUUGCUCUGCGACGGUGGCGAUCGCGAGUCUUACUACAGCAAGGCUUGCGAGCAUCAUGAACGCGCUCUUGCAAUCUACGAAUCUGCGCUGGGAUCAAACCAUGUUGACUAUGCCAAAAGCCUGAGCAGAAUGGGUUCUCUACAGUCCUGUAUGGGAAAUUUCGAAGCAGCAAAAGAAAUGAUAGAAAGCGCCUUGUCCAUUCAAGAAUCGGUUCUGGGAGCUCGACAUGUUGACACCGCAGAGUCAUACUUCAAAUUGGGCUCCGCAUAUUACAACGCAGGCGACCUGGCAGCCUCCCAGAGAGAAUUCCACAGGGCCCAUGCCAUUUAUGUUUCAACGUUGGGUACUUGGCACCAACAAACAACUACUUGCAGGCAUUACUGUGAAAUGGUGGCAAAGGCUGGAUCACUAGCAAAGACAUCCAAGAGCCUAGGCGGCAAAUGA